AUGACUCAAUGCAUUCCCUCCGAAAACUAUAUACAUUGGAUACACUUCAUCUUUGGGGAUUGUGUAUAUAGCACACAAGAAGCCAUCAGUGUUCUCCUUGGCUAUGCUUCCAUCUUUUGUUGGUUAAAUGCCCAGAUACCCCAAGUAAUUGAAAACUACAAAGUGGGUUCAGCAGAAUCCCUCAGUAUCAAUUUCUUAUCAAUAUGGCUUGCAGGCGAUGCAGCUAAUCUAAUCGGAUGUAUUUUGACUGGUCAGCUGCCAUUUCAGCGCUAUCUUGGAAUCUAUUUCGUAUCAAUCGACAUUUGCCUUCUUUGCCAGUGGAUCUAUUACAACUCCCGCGAUAAACGUAGACGCAACAACAAACAUCGCCUCUCCACAAACAAACAACCACCGCACACAGACCCAUUAUCCAAAGUGUUUCAGCAUCCAUCGGUUCGCACACCUCUUUUGAUUGAAGGUCAACAGCAAGCUCCACUCAAGACGCUGGAUGAUGAGCUGGCACCUUAUUCAGCGUCUUCUUCACCUAGCAAAUGGUACACGCUUAAUAACACCGAUAACAAGACCACCAAAAAGACUGUAUUGAUGGCACUGUUUCUUUUUGGUACUCGAUUACCAGCCGCUUCAUUGGUAUCAGCAUCAUCCCAACAAGAAGAUUGGUACACUGUCGUCGCUGACAACUCUUUGAUUAUUGGUCGUUUCUUUGCAUGGAUUUGUACAGCACUCUAUCUUCUCUCUCGUAUUCCCCAAAUCGUUAAAAACUACCGUCGUCGUUCCAUUGACGGUUUAUCACCCGCUUUAUUCGCCUUUGCUGCCAGUGGCAACUUGACAUACACAUCCAGCAUCCUCCUCAACCCAAACAACACACGUGAAUCGCUCCUGGAAGCAGUACCUUAUUUGAUCGGUAGUGCAGGUACUUUGACAUUUGAUUUCACCAUCUUUUGUCAAUUUUUGUACUACUGGCGUCAAAAACGGAAGCAACAAGAACGUCAUCAUCAACAGGAUCAUCAUGUUGUUGCGUAA